AGCCAUGUCCUCCCGCGCGAAACGCACGUACGGAUCCCGCCCAGCGAAACCUGCUCUGCCACCGUCAUCCCCUCCAUUGACGCUAUCAUCGCCCCCACGGAAAACAGCUUUCAACAACGAUACUGACCACGAUGACGACGGGCGCAGUGCCUCGCCCAGUCUGAAACGCAAACGCACAUCCCUCGAGGACCUCUCUAUCAACGCGCCUCAGGCGAGGAAGCCCGUCGUCCCUGCAGAAUCAGCUUCCAAGACGCUUGCAGGCUCAUUGUUCACACGGACACACGACACUAUACCCAAGCGAAAGGGAAAGGCGAAGAGGAGUGCGAAAGGGCCGGAAAAGCCCAGGCAGAAACAUCUCACACAACUCCACUUUGCGCUUGACACCACGGUGCUACGAACGUGCUCCCUCUGUUCCCUUACGUAUACGCGUGGUGCACCGGAUGACGAAAGCCUGCACCGCGCACACUGCGCAAGGGUGCAGAAGGGCAUGGAAUGGGGAAAGGAGGAAGAAAGGGAGGCGAAGAACGGCAAAGCGCAGGUAGAGGAGGUAGCUGGUGAUGUCAAACUCAAGAAUGGCACAAAGGGGCGAAUCGUCUGCUUCAGAGCUGAUGUUGGAGGAAAGAUUGGUAGCAAGCUCUCAACGUUGCUUGAUACGGUCAACAUUAUCCUCUCUGCACCUGCGAUGACCGCCCAGAGUUUGCAAGCGUCGAAAGCUUAUCUCUUUCUAUUAAGCUCUCCGCCCAUAACAUCGUCUUCAAUAAGCGCACAUCGAGAGAAGAUCGUCGGCUGUGUCAUCGCGCAGCGCAUCUCGUCUGCUAUGGCUAUAGCCUCGCGAGAUAGCUCAAAUGUUUCCUCCGAGGCUGAGACCACGAAAGAUUCCUCUUCGGCGAUACGCCUUCUUCCGACACCGCUUUCAACGCCGCUAGGCAUCCCUCGUCUUUUCGUCUCAAGCAGCCAUCGUCGCCAAGGAGUAGCAUCAUCACUGCUGACAGCCGCCGCGAAUUAUUUUAUUUUAGGAUGCCCCUUGGAUCCAAAGAAAGGCGAAGUAGCGUUCAGCCAACCAACCGGGCUUGGUGGAAUGGUGCUUGAGAAGUGGGCUGGAGGCAAGGGUCGCGUUUUCGAGGAGUGAAAACGUAUCUCAGGAGAUUAUCCUCUGGCUUUGCAGUUCAUUGCUUCCAGCCUCCAGCGUGAUCUUUUGACGAUAAUGUAGUGCUCAUUAUUUUGUACCAUAUAACGUCAUUAUAAUCAUAUUUAGCA